UGUGAUCGAGCCACCUGUCCCCCUCACCUCCCCCUCCACCCAUCCUGACCCCCUCCUCCUCCUCCCUCUCUGCCCAGCUGUCCCGCACCGAUCCCGCCUGUCCCGAUCGCUCCGAGUCUCUCCCAAAUUCUCCUGGCUGCCAGACGCCGCAGCUCAAGAGCCUCCUGAUCUCUCCUUUCUUCUUCUCCCAUCCACCACACAUGUGCCCGGCUUUCCCUGCUCUCUGCCGGCUUCAUCAGAUCCUUUCCUGGUCACCUACCUUCCUAGUGCUCGUCUACCUUUUCCUGGUCACCCACCUUCCCCGGUGACCUACCUUUUCCUGGUCACCUACCUGCCCUGGUCACCUACCUCCCUCUGUGAAAGUGGACACGACACCGAGGAUCGCUGCUCACAGAGUGGCCUCUGACAGUAGCAUGUUCGGGGUGUACUGCAUGGAGUAUCCGUAUCCAAUGGUCCAGGGUAACCAGGAGCCGACAGCCACUCCUGACACCAUGGUUCAACCAUUUGCUGCUAUUCCUUUUCCUCCACCGCCCCAAAAUGGUUUGUCUACAGAUUACGGAAACCAACACACACAGGAGUAUGCCGCUUCAUCCACUGAUCUCGGACUUCCGCUCUAUGGAGGAGGGCAGACUCACGCAGAGCUGAACACCCCAGCCACCAGCACAGCUAGUGCUUCCAACACGACAGAUGGAUCUCAGACAGAAGGGCAACAGCCACAAACCCAGAGCACUGAAAGCACGGAAACCAAAGCAACCCCUAAAAGGCUUCAUGUUUCCAAUAUACCAUUUCGCUUCAGAGACCCUGAUCUCCGUCAGAUGUUCGGGCAAUUUGGCAAAAUUCUCGACGUAGAAAUCAUAUUUAAUGAAAGAGGAUCCAAGGGUUUUGGUUUUGUAACUUUUGAAACUAGCGCGGAUGCUGACCGGGCCCGGGAGAAAUUGCACAGCACGGUGAUUGAGGGGCGAAAAAUCGAGGUCAACAAUGCAACAGCUCGUGUGAUGACCAAUAAGAAAUCUGUGACCCCUUAUGGAAAUGGCUGGAAACUUAGUCCUGUUAUGGGAGCUGUAUAUGGACCAGAACUCUAUGCUGCUGCACCUGGGCUCCAAGCUGACGUCUCUUUGGCCACUGAGGCUGGUGUCCCCCUGCCUGGACCAAGGGGGGUUAACACGUACAUUCCAUUGAUCUUUCCUGGAUUUCCCUACCCUACAGCUGCAGCAGCUGCUACUACGGCAGCUGCCUUUCGAGGGGCACAUUUGAGGGGUCGAGGGAGGACGGUAUAUGGUGCAGUACGGGCAAUGCAACCUACUGCUAUACCAACCUACCCUGGACUAGUCUUACAGGAACCAAUCUUAAACCCUAAGCUACCUCAGGGUGGAUAUGCAGCCUACAGAUACACUCAACCAGCCACUGCUGCCACAGCUGCCACUGCCGCUGCUGCCGCCGCUGCUGCAGCCUACAGCGAUGGAUACGGAAGGGUAUAUACAACUGACCCAUAUCAUGCCUUGGCCCCUGCUACCAGUUACGGAGUGGGAGCUGUGGCGAGCUUAUACAGAGGCGGUUACAGCCGAUUUGCUCCGUACUGAAGUGACGUAAACAAUUAUUUCCUAUAAAAUCUGGACAAAACUGCCCGUCUCCCCAUUUGCUGUUUCCCUUUCUCUCAACUAUCAAAGUUCACGAGGCCCGGCUUUUGCAAUACUUACAGUGAAAAUCUCCUCUUGGAAUUUUCUGGCAGCGUAAGAUGGAUGAAAUCAA